CUUCCCUGGAGGUGGGGCGCGCAGUGGGGCCGCGCCAUGGCCGCUGCCCAGCCCAAGCCCCUAACGGGGGCGGCCGUGGCCCGGCGCCUGGCCCGGGGCUGCUGGUCUGCCUUCUGGGACUACGAGACGCCCAAGGUGAUCGUGGUGAGGAACCGGCGUCUGGGCGUCCUGUACCGCAUGGUGCAGCUGCUCAUCUUGCUCUACUUUGUGUGGUACGUGUUCAUUGUGCAGAAGAGCUACCAGGACAGCGAGACGGGCCCUGAAAGCUCCAUCAUCACCAAGGUCAAGGGGGUCACCACGUCGGAGCACAAAGUGUGGGAUGUGGAAGAAUACGUGAAGCCCCCUGAGGGGGGCAGCGUGUUCAGCAUCAUCACCAGGAUCGAGGUCACCCCUUCCCAAGCCCUGGGAACCUGCCCAGAGAGCAUGAGGGUCCCCAACGCCGCCUGCCACUCAGAUGAGGACUGCGUGGCUGGGGAACUGGAUAUGCUGGGGAACGGGCUGCGGACCGGGCGCUGCAUACCCUACUACCAGGGGACCUCCAGGACCUGUGAGGUGUCUGGCUGGUGCCCCGUGGAAGACGGCGCCUCUGUCAGCCAAUUUUUGGGUAAGAUGGCCCCAAACUUCACCAUCCUCAUCAAGAACAGCAUCCACUACCCCAAGUUCCGCUUCUCCAAGGGCAACAUUGCAGACCGGAAGGAUGGGUACCUGAAGCGCUGCUCCUUCGACGAGCUCUUAGACCCCUACUGCCCCAUCUUCAAGCUGGGCUUCAUCGUGGAGCAGGCUGGGGAGAACUUCACGGAGCUCGCGCAUAAGGGUGGUGUCAUAGGUGUCAUCAUUAACUGGGACUGUGACUUGGACCUGGCUGCAGCCGCGUGCAACCCCAAGUACUCCUUCCGGAGGCUCGACCCCAAGCACGUCCCCGCCUCGUCUGGCUACAACUUCAGGUUUGCCAAGUAUUACAAGAUGAACGGCACCACAACCCGCACGCUCAUCAAAGCCUACGGCAUCCGCAUCGACGUCAUCGUGCAUGGACAGGCCGGCAAGUUCAGCCUGAUUCCCACCAUCAUCAAUCUGGCCACAGCGCUGACCUCCAUCGGGGUGGGCUCCUUCCUGUGUGACUGGAUCUUGCUAACAUUCAUGAACAAAAACAAGGUCUACAGCCAUAAGAAAUUUGACAAGGUGUGUAAGCCGAGGUGCCCCUCGGGUAGCUGGCCUGUCACCCUUGCCCUUGUUUUGGGCCAGGCCCCUCCCCCACCUGGUCACUGCUCCGUGGACCGGCCACCUAGCCCCAUCCACCCAGGAGGGUCGCACUUGGGCCAAAGGGCAGAGGUAGGCCCGGCUGUCCUGUGCCCUCUGCCUUGCCCCAUCUCUGCCCCACCUGAGCAGAUGGCGGAUACUCUUCGACAGAGUGCAGGACAAAGCCUUCCUGCCUCGGAGCUUCCCCACCAGGACUCCACGCCCACGGAUCCCAAAGGUUUAGCCCAACUCUGA